UCGAAAUCCAUCUCCAUCGCGCCUAAACCCCAGAGGGAGAGACGAAGUCCAACGGCGGAGGGAGAGUUGGGAACCAUGGCUGCCCUUCCUAGCUUGCAGCACUGCUGGCGGAUUGUCCCGGGCGACGAAGGAUGGACGUUUGAGGCGUUUGAAUUCCCGCCACCGCCCCCUGCUGAACCACCUUCUGCUGACGAUCCCUCGCGAUUGCCCUCCAUGGCCGAUCUUCUCCUCCAAGCGUCUCCAGCCAUUUUUUGCGACGUCUCGGGCGGUGCUUCCGUGAAAGAUGCCGUCGACGAGGGGGGAGGUGGCCAGAUGUUCCGGACGGGCGGAGGUGGCCAGAUGUUCCGGACGGGCUCCGGGAAGCCCGUGGCCGUAAUGGAGUCUUCGAUCAGUAGAGCGAUUGCCGUUCUUGGACAGGGUGGAAUGCUAGCCGCUGAAGGUCAAGCAAGCUGCAGUGCAUCUUAUGCAGACUCCUCUUUCUCAUGUUCACUCUUUCAAUCAGGAUCAGGAAAAACCAUAAAACUAUCUUCUAAAAGCUUGAGCAGAGCUAGUAAUCUCUUGUCAGACAAUAAAGAAAACUUCUCUCACUCCCAAAAAUGUGAACCCAUUCUAAAUCAUGUUUGUGAUAUUGGGCAGCACACGUGGGAUGGUGGCGGAAAUUUGGUGGACAAGUAUCUUGUGAAUGCAGGGGAGGAGACAACGUGCAACACUAAGCCUUUGAUUACUGUCUCUGGUCAUAAACGUCAACUAACUGGUCCGACAUGUAUGUAUUUAUCAGAAAAGCAAUCAGAUGCAGAUGUAUGUACUAAAACUAUGGGCUGUGGAAUGAAGAACUUUGCUCCUAAAGAGCCACAAAUAAAGAUCCAAACCGCUGGUGGAAGAUCUUUAUCAGUGUCUGGUGAUGCACUGAAACGGGCAAUGAAUCUUCUUGGUGGUUCAGAAUUUGGGAUUCAAUCCUGUAACAUGAAUUCUGGUGAUUCUUUAUGUUUUUCUUCUUCUGAGAAGCGGGACUUCAACAUGACCUCAUGCAGCAAAGAAAACAUCCCUUUGAUUCCUAUCUUCAAACCAAAAUGUGCAAUAAAUGAAGGUUUGACAGAGAAAAUGCAGCCUUGUUUCGGAACUCCUACUCAGUCAAACCCAUUCAGGCCUGCUUCUAAUCUUAAUUCCACUGGUGGCAUCAGAGAGCGCAUUGGUGCUAGCGAUGACAUCUGCAAGCACACUGAAAGGGAAAGAGCACCUCUUCUGGGGGAUACAUCUUAUUCAAAGGAGCUUCCUAUUAAUUCUCCCAUGCAGGACAAAUUACAAGGGGUGGAUGGUAGUCCAGGAAAGCAACAAAACAGUCCAUUUGUAGAUAUUUUAAAUGACAACCAUGGAGAAUCCACUGUUCCUCCUUUUGGAUUACUUUCAGCUUAUUCUUGCAAGCCAUCUCCAAAUGGUGGAAAGAGAAGGUUGGGAAGGAGAAGUUCUAUAUCUCCUUUCAAACAGCCACGACAGUCGAGGUUCUUUGCUCCUCUGUUGAAUGGCUUCCCUUGCAAGGAUGCACAGAUACAGUCUGUUUUGUCAUGUGCUGAUGCCAAAGCAACCAAAAGUAGUAUCUCUUCCCACUAUCCUUUUCAGCAGAAGCGGAAAAGCUUGCUUGAAUUCUUUCAACUGCCUCCACAUCACUGCUCCUUGGCAGAAAAUUUACCAGAUAAAGUGAAGCAUAUGAGUGCGGAGACUGCAGCUAGGUUUACAUUCAGUGCUGAAUCUGCUUCUUUGCAAGUUGGUUCAGAAGUGCUCUGGAAGAUGCUAAUCGAGUCAGGAGCUUCCCCAAUGAGUUGUAGUAAAGAAUGGACAGCUAACCACUACAAGUGGAUAGUGUGGAAACUUGCUGCCCUUGAAAGAUGUUAUCCGGCUCAAGUUGGAAGGACAUUAUUGACAGUAGCUAACAUCCUUGAGGAAUUGAAAUACAGAUAUGAGAGAGAAGUAAAUCAUGGACACAGAUCAGCAAUUAAGAAAAUCUUGGAGGGUGAUGCAUUAUGUUCUUCAAUGAUGAUUUUAUGUAUUUCUGCUGUUCAUUACAGUCCGUACAAAAAACUUGAAACAUUAGACAAACCUAAGGAUAAACCCAGCAGUUCAACCUCUAUUGAUGAUUUGGCUAACCCAGUCAAACAUGAAGUAGCCAAAAUUGAACUAACUGAUGGAUGGUACUCUGUGAAUGCUGUUCUGGAUGUGCCCUUGUCCAGGCAACUUGCUUUGGGGAAGCUUUUUAUAGGACAGAAACUUCGGGUUUGUGGGGCUAGCUUAUGUGGCUGGGUUGCACCUGUGGGUCCUCUUGAGGCUGGUGGUAAUGUUGCACUAUCACUCCAUAUAAAUGGAACUUUUCGGACACAUUGGGCUGAAAGGCUAGGAUUUUGCAAAGGUUACAGAAACCCACUGUCAUUUAGAUGCAUCAAUGUCAAUGGAGGUGCAGUUCUAAGGACGUUAGUUGGUGUCACGCGGUUGUAUCCACUUUUGUAUAAGGAAAGGCUCCAACAAGGUGGCUCAGUCAUUAGGUCAGAAAGAACAGAAUCUAAAAUGCUGCAGAUAUACAAACAAAGCAUGGUUGCGGAAGGAAUUAUGUCAGAGUUGUACGGUGAAAACUUUGGUUCAUCUGAUGUUGCUGAAGAUGAAAGCGAAGGAGCGAAAAUCUUUAAGCUGCUUGAGACAGCUGCAGAGCCUGACAUACUAAUGGAAACUUUGACUGAGCAACAGCUUGUUGCUUACAAAAAUUAUCAGUCAAAGCAGGAGGAGAGGCGCAAUUCUGAGAUUAAAAAAAGGGUUGAGAUGGCACUUGAUGGUGCUGGUCUGAGGUCAAGAGAGGUCACACCCUUUCUAAGGGUACAGGUAGUUGGCAUGACUCCCAGGAAUUCCAACAUCACAAGGCCUUGUAGGAGAGGUCUAAUUACAAUCUGGGAACCAACUGAGAAGCAGCUUUUGGAUCUAGAAGAAGGGCAAGUAUAUUCAGUUACAGGCUUGGUUCCUGUUAGUCUAAAUAAUGAUGUUCUUCAGCUACAGACAAGAGGCUCCAGAACCAAGUGGGAGUGCCUGCAGCAAUCAGCUCGUGGAAAUUUUGAGCCCUUUUUCAGUCCUCGGAAAUCAAUAUCACUGUCAAACAUAGGUGAAGUACCUAUUUCCAGUGAAUUUGAUAUUGCAGGGGUCAUUGUGUAUGUUGGGGAGCUCUAUUUAUCUGGCAACCAUAAGAAGCAAUGGGUCUUCCUAACAGAUGGAUCCAUAUUAGACUGUAUAAAUUCUCCAAACAGUUUGCUUGCUAUAAGCUUUUCUUUGUCGAUCACGGAUGCAGAGUCUUGUGCACCAUUACACAGCGCUCUUACAGGGUCCACCGUUGUAUUCUGUAAUCUCAUCAAAAGAGUGCGAGAUCAAGCAGAUCAGCUCUGGGUUGCCGAGGCAACAGAGUAUUCAACUUAUUCCUUCUCUUGUAGUUCUCCUGGACUCUCGCAUCUUAAAGAGGCUGCUGACUCUGUUAGCAAGUGGUCAAGGAUGUCUUCAGUGGAGAUUGAGAAGCUGAGGGAGAGGGUUCUUGGAAUUAUCGGUUUUUGAGAGAGAUGGUUCCAGGAGUUGUAUAUUCGUCCGUCCUCCACCCUUCGCUUUUCCAAGGAAUUCCAGUACUGGUGCAAAUCGGCUAGGUUUCCAGGCAAUUCCAGUUACGGGUGUCUUCCUCCGAUAUCGUUCAAGUGCAUAUUCGUUUGGCGACAAAAGUAGCGUAAGCUGAAGGAUCUCUUAGUUCAUUUUGUUCAGGUAUCUCCCUGCAUCUUCCAGCUUCUCUUUUCUUACUGGAAAGCCUGUUGCUAACUUUUCUUGAAAUAUUGUUGCCUGUAAAUUUCAAAUGUUUAUGUAAAGAACGUUGUCCCAUCCAUCCGUCGUCAAUAUCCUUGGGGAGUAACUCAUUCAUGAGUUACGGAAAUUAGCUUGAGCAUUGAGCUUAAUGUUAAAAUCGGUUUCUCAAUUGAAUCGACCAGCAAAAUGGUUCAGUGAAUCGGCUGAAUCAAAUUGGCAUCGUUUAUGAGUUGUAUCCAAGUUAAAAUGAUCUCU